AUGGCCGAUGCCCUGGCAAAUGGCAAUUUCACUCGAUUUGGCCUAGGAAUCAGCGAUAAAAUUCGAAAGCAGAUUUACUUGUUGAUUUCCACGCUCUGCGUCCAGAUACGCUCGAAUGUCCGCUAUUUUGCUGUACAGCGGAGAGCUCUGGAAAUUGUGGGCUUCGAUCCAAGUACACCGCAGCUAAAGCUCAAGCAUCCCAUUUGGGCAGGGAUCUUGGUUUUGUCCUUGGUCUCCCACAAUUGGCCCAUGGCUGUGUAUGCCCUGCAGGAUCUCUCGGACUUGACCCGGUUAACGGAUAAUUUUGCUGUGGUUAUGCAGGGUUCAUUGAGCACCUUCAAGUUUCUGGCUAUUGUGAUGAAGCGUCGCAGGAUUGGAACCUUGAUCCAUCGUUUGCACCAGCUCAACGAGGAGGGGAUUAGGAGUAGCUUUAAAGGUAAAGAGCUCAUUCUGGAGGAGAACCAACUGGACAAGUAUGUGUCCAAGGCCUUUAGGAAUGCCGCCUAUGGAGUGAUUGUAGCCUCGGCCAUAGCUCCCAUGCUGCUUGGUCUGCUGGGUUACCUGCGAGUGGGUAUCUUUUCACCAACCACGCCCAUGGAGUUCAAUUUCUGGCUGGACGAGUCCAGAGCCAUCUAUUACUGGCCCAUCUAUGUUUGGGGUGUUCUAGGUGUGGCAGCCGCCGCCUGGCUGGCCAUAGCCACGGACACACUCUUCUCCUGGCUGGCACACAAUGUGGUGGCCCAGUUCCGGCUGCUGGAGUUGCUUUUGGAGCAAAAGGAUGACCCAGAGGAGGUGUAUCUUGUAAAGUUUAUACAUCGUCAUCGCUUGGCCCUUGAACUGGCCGAGGAACUCAGCUCUAUUUUCGCCGAGAUUGUCUUUGUGAAAUAUAUGCUGAGUUAUUUGCAACUCUGCAUGCUGGCCUUUCGCUUCAGCAGGAGUGGCUGGAGCUCCCAGGUGCCCUUCAGAGCCGCCUUCCUGGUGGCCAUCGUCAUCCAACUCAGCUCGUAUUGCUAUGGCGGGGAGUAUCUGAAGCAGCAGAGUCUGGGCAUAUCGGAGGCAGUGUACGCCCACAGUGACUGGCCAGAAAUGGAGCCGAAGAGACGACGUCUUUGGCAAAUGAUUAUCAUGAGAGCUCAGCGACCGGCGAAGAUUUUUGGCUAUAUGUUCUAUGUGGAUUUGCCAUUGCUAUUAUGGGUCACCAGAACAGCGGGUUCCUUUUUGGCUUUGCUAAGGACUUUUGCUUCUUAG